CGUUUGAGAGUAAAGCGAUCUUGGGUUCUUCUUUUAGAAAUCUUUAUGCAGGAAUUGGAGAAGGUCAAUCAACUUCUAGGCCACCACUCUUUGAUGGCACGAACUACUCCUAUUGGAAGGAGCGGAUGAGAAUCUAUAUCCGUUCCACCAACAUCCAAUUGUGGUUGGUGAUCAAGAAUGGCGAGGAAAUCCCUAUGAAGAAAGUGGGAGAAACCACGGUCCCAAAGACCGAGGACGAAUUUGAUACUGAGGACAUCAAGAAGAUUGAGAAUUACGCAAAGGCCAUCAAUAUUCUAUAUUGUGCGGUCCACCCCGAUGACUACCGAAAGAUCUCCUGUUACACAACCGCCAAGGAGAUGUGGGAUAAACUUGAGGUGACGUACGAAGGAACGGACCAAGUACGUGAAGCCAAGAUCGACUUCCUCACCCAAGAGUAUGAGAUGCUUAGAAUGAAGGAGCACGAAAAUAUCGACGACAUGUUUGACCGAUUCUCCAAGAUAGUCAACGAUCUUCAUGCAUUGAAGAAGACUUACACUGACAGGGAUCUUGUGCGAAAGGUCCUACGGAGCUUGACAUCCGAAUGGCGAUCUAAGGCCGAUGCCAUCUAUGAAUCAAUCGGCACAUCAAAUGUCACCAUCGACGGUCUAAGAGGUAAUCUAAAAACUUAUGAAUCUACUAUUCUUAACCCGUCUUUGAAUGACCAAAAGAAAGGGAUAGCAUUAAAAGCCGUCAGAGAAUCAACGAUGAAUGAUUCAAGCGACGAUGAUGAAGUCAAGCUUGUCAUGAAGAAGUUUUGUAAACUUCUAACGAAGAAAGAGAAGGUUGAGGAUGGCCCUGUGUGCUAUGGAUGUGGUGAAGCCGGGCAAUUCAAAAGGCAAAGGGCAUAUAUCUCUUGGGGUGGCGACUCCGGCGACGAGUCAACCGACCAAGACGAGGAUGAAACUGCCAACCUCUGUCUCAUUGCGCACGAAGACCAAACCGACGAUGUACAAGAGGGCUACGACGAUCUAGACGCGCAGCUUCACCAAGCCGGCCUUUGGCCGUUCGUCUCCCGGGCUAGGAAGGAGAUUAACCCGGCGCUGAUCCGGGCCUUCUACUCCAACGUCCAGCGUGAGGGCAACGUGCUCUACUCUCUUGUCAAGAGCACGCCGAUAGAGCUUUCCGUUGAGCAGCUUGGGCGCAUCGCCGGCCUCCCCUACCAAGGCGAUGACAUCUCCCACUAUGGCAGAGAGGACUGGGUGCUCAACAACGAGGGCCUUAUCCUCAACGAGCUUGGCAUCACCGAGCUCAUCCGCCAUGCCUCGGGCCGCCCCACCAUCCACUCCGCAAACCCCGAGAGCCGGCUUCUUCUCUACAUUUUUGUCAUGAUCAACAUGACAGUCGCCGCGUCCACCGACCACGAUCACCUCCUCCCAUACCCAUUCGUGGUGAUGGACAUCCUUGAACGGUUCAAGGUGACCACCACCAUUGGCCCGCUCACGAAGGCCACGAAGAUUUGGGCGAUCAGCACCCAAACCUUCAAGAAGCGGUCGGACAAUGCCAGACCUGCCACUGCCAUUGCCGCGCCACGGCGCCGUGUUGGGAAACGAGGCUUGGAUAACGCAGCGGAAAACAAAAAUUUAUAGUCCAAAACUCGAUUCCACCCAAGAACAACUUACGUAAAUUACUAGCUAUAGUAAGAAAAUUACCUUAACGGUGAAAACGGAGAACGGAGGAACGGUCGGGGAUGGUUUUGAGGAGAUGAACGUAGCGCCAAACGUAUGAAGCCUCCAACGUAUCCACACGAACUUGCUCCGGAGUCCAAGAUUAAACUUGUGCUAGCAAAUUUAAUAUAGGAUAGUAAAAACU